AUGGAUAGGUAUUUUAAAAAAUUAUCUUUUGGAUCGUUGAUUGGCAAUACUAGUUCAAGAUCUGAAAAUUUACCAACUCCCCUAGAGGAAGCUCAAUCGCCUCAACAACAUACCCCUUCAACUCAAAAAGGUAGAAUUGAUGUAAGUGUUCUUCCCUCCGAUCCUGCUGAUAGAUGGCCAAUUCCAAAUUAUGAUGUGAAUGAUCGCGAUGAGGUAAGAAGAGCUUAUAUUCAAAGAGGUCCCUAUCAACCCCGAAAUGAUACUUAUCCCCAAACUAUAUUGUCUGGAUAUGCACAUCGAUUUAACAAGUCUUGGUAUGAUAAGUACUCUAAUUGGUUAGAAUAUAGUCUUAAGAAUGAUGCUUGUUAUUGCUUGUGUUGUUAUUUGUUUGCAAUUGAAAGUGAAAUUGCAAGUCAUUAUGGAGGAGACACAUUCAUUAGUAAAGGUUUUAGGACUUGGAAUAAUAUCAAAAGAUUUGAUAAACAUAUUGGGGGACCGAAUAGAUUACCUUUUCGAGGUCAUAAUGAAAGUGAAACAUCCAGUAGAAAAGGUAAUUUUCUUACUUUCUUAGAGUUUUUGGCCAAAAAAAAUGAAAGUGUUGGUAGUGUAGUUUUAAAAAAUGCUCCUGGUAAUAAUCAAAUGACAUCUCCUUUGAUCCAAAAAGAUAUUGCCAAUGCUUAUUAUAAAGAGACCAUUAACGCUAUUCUUGAGGAACUUGGGGAUGAUUAUUUCGCUAUCUUAGUCGAUGAAUCCCGUGAUGUCUCUUGUAAGCAACAAAUGGCUCUUGUUUUGAAAUAUGUUGAUAAAAGGGGUUUUGUAAUGGAGCGUUUUGUUGGUCUUGCCCAUGUUACUAGCACUACUGCUGAGUCACUCAAAUAA